AUGUGUGCAGCUAAAGGAGUUGGUGGAGGAGAAUACAAGUGCUCUCCAUGCUUUGAAAAAGGCUGAUGAGCCUGCACCAGUGGGGAAUUAUAGUCAGAGGAAGGAGGAAGAGGAAAAGCUGUUGCUAAAACUCUCCCAACAGCUCCAGAAGCUCAUCCUUUUCUUGGAUCAGGAUUUUGUGACAACAGAUUAUACAGUGGAUAAGGGACAUCAGAAAGGUCCUCAAGCAGAAGACGAAAAUGAAGAAGAGGAGGAGAGUGAAGAUGAAGGCAGUGAGGAGGAAGACAGUGAAGAUGAUGACGAGGAAAAGCUGUUGGAUGACCCAAAUGUUAAGGAAUGUGUUGCUGUGGGAAACUUUGAUGCACAGGAGGAAGGGGAUCUCACAUUUGUGAAAGGAGAAGUCCUGCUCAUAUGUGACAAGAAGGCAGAUGGCUGGUGGGUAGCUGAAAACUCCAAAGGGGAGAGAGGCCUUGUUCCCAGGACCUACCUCACGGUUCAUAAUAAAGAGGAAGAAAGCCAGGAGGAAGGGGAGGAACACAUAGAAGUGGUGGAUGAAACAGCAGAUGGAACUGAAAUUAAAAGAAGAACAGAUUCUCACUGGAGUGCUGUACGAGCCAUCACAGAGAAUGACACAGUGGAGGUACUGACCACCAGUGGAGCAGUUCCUGCAGGAUUCCGCCCAUCCAUGCUUUUCCAGCUCUUAGAGGAAGGUGAUGAGUUUCGAGCAAGUUACUAUUUGCAGCCUGAGCUUACUCCAUCCCAGUUGGCUUUCAAAGACUUGGUGUGGGACCCUGAAAAAAGCACUAUCUACCCCAGACCGACUCGAGUGUCCCUGAUUGUGACCUUAUGUGGCUGCAAAAUGAUCCCUCUCCCAGGAGCAGGUGUGCAAGUCCUCAGCAGGCACGUCCGACUCUGCCUGUUCGACGGCAGUCGGGUGCUGAGUAACAUUCACACAGUGAGAGCUACGUGGCUGCCUAAAACCCCUCAGACAUGGACCUUUUCUCCAAGGGUGAUGGGCAUCUUACCCAGCUUGCUUGAUGGGGACUGUUUUGUCAGGUCCAACUCUCUGUUGCCAGACAUUGGGAUAUUAUUUGAACUUGGCAUCACUUACGUUCGCAGUUUAACAGGUGAAAGAGGAGAGCUGAGCUGUGGCUGGGGAUUCCUGAAGCUUUUUACUUCCAAUGGAAUGCCUGUUCCCUCUAAGAUGUAUGAGCUGCUCCUGAGUGGUGGAACUCCUUAUGAGAGAGGGGUUGAGGUUGACCCAUCAAUAUCAAGAAGAGCAGGCAGUGGGGUUUUCCAUCAGUUCAUGACAUUCAGAAAACAGCCUGUGCUGCUGGUGAAACUGAGGUCACCAAGUGUGCAGUCAAAAGACAUCCUGAAUUUUCUACCUGAAACCUUAGUUGGGAGCGUGUGCCACAUCCAUCUCUUGAUGUUCUAUCGGCAAAUCCUUGGUGAUGCCCUCCUGAAGGACAGGAUGAGCACACAGAGCACAGACUUAAUCUGUAAUCCUGUUUUAGCAACUUUCCCUCAACUCCUGGAUCAGUCAGACCUGAUGGAUGCGCUUCGGAGUGCUUGGGCAGACAGAGAAAGGACACUGAAGAGAACUGAGAAGAGAGAUCAAGAAUUCCUGAAGUCCACGUUUGUCCUGGUGUACCAUGAUUCUGUCUUCCCUCUGCUCCAGUCCACGUUCCUCCCCAGCUACAAGUGGGCUGAGGAAGAGUCGGAAGCAUCUCGCUGGAAGGUGAUCCAUGACUUCUUGAGAAAGAGCCAGAAGAUGGACAGUGCCCUGCAGUACCUACUGUCCUCAGAAAACACUCACAAAGCCUUUGAUAUCUCUGAGCUGGCUUAUGAUUUCUUGGGAGAAGUGAGGAAAGACAAUCCUGGGGAAUGA